AAUCUCAACAGUUUAUAUAUCUAAGCCAAACAGGAGUACAAAUGUCUAACACAUUUGAACUGGAAGGAACCGGUUGAAGAAAUCUUCUAAGCGUAGAUAGAAUACUCGUAAGAUAGGGUUGCUAUAUAAUAUAGCCUUGAUCAACUCCUCUAUGUCACUAUCAAAUAUUAUUCAUCAUCCAAACAAGGCAUAGCUUCUAAGCUUAACAAUAUCCGCGGAUAUGGUUUAGCGUCUACCACCUAAAAUCUCCUCUCAAUACCUCAAUAUUCAUCCAUUGCCACAAUUUAACAAAUAAGAAGAGAAAUACUUCAAAAAUUAUCUAACUAUGAAAUAAAAGAAACUGUCGGUGUCAUAAUAUAAUGAUAUACUAAUACUAGUGUAGAUAGAGAUGGACAAAACGUCGAACCGACCCUAGAAAAUGAAUCUGAACCAAAUUGAAUCUGAUAUGAAUAUUUUUGUUCUACCGUAUUUUAGAUUUUUGGUUUUACGGCACCAACCCCAAGCUUUUAAAAUAUCUAAGUGUAGACAUUAAAAUUGGCAUAUAUAACAAAUAAAUCAGGUUUUAGUUCAUAGUGGUUCACAAUUCACGAUGCGUGAUUCUAGUUAAAAUCUACUUUCAUGCGUAACGUAACUGACAUUUAUUGAGCCACAUAAACAGCCUAAUAAAGGCAAAACAAACACACUCUCUCUGCUUCUUGAUGAAAGCGCUCUUUCUCUCUCUACUUCUUGAACAAAGCAGUACAUAGCAGACGACAUGUCUGACGACGAGGGAGGUGAAGAGUACCUCUUCAAGAUCGUCAUCAUCGGAGACUCCGCCGUCGGCAAAUCCAAUCUCCUCACCCGCUACGCUCGCAACGAGUUCAACCCCAACUCAAAAGCCACCAUAGGCGUCGAGUUUCAGACACAGAGCAUGGUCAUCGACGGCAAGGAGGUCAAAGCUCAGAUAUGGGAUACCGCCGGUCAAGAACGCUUCCGCGCCGUCACUUCCGCUUAUUACCGUGGCGCUGUCGGGGCACUCGUCGUCUACGACAUCACUCGCAGCUCCACGUUCGAGAACGUUGGUCGCUGGCUCGAUGAACUCAACACUCACUCUGAUACAACAGUAGCGAAGAUGCUUAUUGGUAACAAGUGUGAUCUCGAGAGCAUUAGAGCAGUGAGUGUUGAGGAAGGUAAAGGUCUUGCGGAGUCUCAAGGUUUGUUUUUCAUGGAGACAUCAGCGCUUGGCUCGACCAAUGUGAAGACGGCUUUUGAGAUGGUUAUCCGUGAGAUCUAUAGUAACAUCAGUAGGAAGCAGCUUAACUCUGAUUCUUACAAAGAGGAACUAACUGUGAAUCGGGUUAGUUUGGUCAAGAGCGAGAACGAAGGGACAAAGACGUUUAGUUGCUGUUCGAGUUAAUGUCUCUCUGUAACUGGUUUAUGUUGUAUCCUGAGGGUUAUAACUUAUAGAAAGAUCAAAGACAUUCUUUUGGUUCUCAAUUGAAGUUAAAAGCAAAAGAGAGAAAGCGUUUUGAGUUUCUUUGUUAUAGAGAUGCAAAAGAAGUGUAAGAAAAUUCUAGUUUGGUCAAAGUAUAAGUUAUGUUCUCAUUUCUACAUGUAACUCUUGUAAACUUUGUGAGUGUUAAAAUCAAUUUUGACAUUUUCCUAUUGA